AUGGCCAACGGGCAAGCCCACUCUACCGCGUCCCUCUUGGGUCUGGCUCAGAACAUUCUCGAGCUCACCCAGAAUAUGACGACAUACAUCCAGGCCAACAACCUCGACGCUCCCAGCUUCGCUCUUGACUCCCAGGAUCCACCCAACACUCCGGAAUAUCGCACUAUUCACGCUGCUCUCAAGACCAAUUUGGAAGAUCUCCAACGUCUCAUCGACGGCCCCCGGAAGUGGCUGCGGGAGUUUUGUUGCACCGGCUAUGACCUCGGCGCCCUUCAGGUCGCGCUUGACUUCAAAUUUUUCCAGUUGGUGCCGGCUCAUGGAGAAAUCCCUCUCGACGACUUGGCCAAGAAGGCCGGGCUUGACGUUGAUCGCACCGGUCGUGUUGUUCGCCAGCUCAUGACGUACCGCAUCUUCGAUGAACAUCGUCCUCGAGUCAUCUCCCACAGCUCCGCCUCUCUUUUGAUGCAGCAGGACGAGGAGCUGCGGAGUGUGGUGCACUACUCGCUCGAUGAGAUGCUGAAGGCGGCUGCCGAUUGCAACAUCACUUUCAAGGCGCACCCCUACGAGGCGCACCAAAAUCUCAACCCUUUCGUCACGCGUCAUGGCGUUGGGAUCUUUGAGUUCUACAAGAACAACCCCGAUAAAGCCCGCCGGUUCGCGAAAGCCAUGGCCGGUCUGAGACAGAUGGACCGCCAUCUCGAUUUCCUGCUUCAAGAUGGUUUCAACUGGUCUGAGCUCAAGGGUACUGUCGUCGACUGCGGUGGCGGCAACGGUCACAUUUCCAAGAGUCUGGCCCAGAUGUAUCCGAACCUGAACUUCAUUGUGCAAGACUCGAACGCCGACAUGCUUGACGAGGGCAAAAGCUCGCUUGCUGGUGAACUUCGGGGCCGCGUCAAGUAUUCUCAACACAGCUUCUUCGACCCCCAGCCGGUCGAAAACGCUGCGGCUUUCUUGAUCCGCCAAUGCACGCACAACUGGGCUGACAAGGACGUGGUCACCAUUUUCAAGUCGUUUGUCCCCGGGCUGCUGAAAUCCAGCCCAGACACCCCCCUGCUCAUCAACGAUAUCAUCAUCCCCGAGCCGGGCACCUGGCCACGCCACCAGGAGCGUGUCGUGCGGCAGGUGGACAUGGUCAUGCUGGUCAACUGCGGUGCCAAGCAACGCACGCGGGCCGAGUUUGAGACGCUGCUGAAGGAAGCGGAUCGCAGAUACGAGAUCCGCAAUGUCUUUGACAACGGCCCGCUUGGACUUCUCGAGGUUUACCUGAAGAGAUCUUGA